CGUUGGAGCUGCGGGUCUGCCAUUGGACGAUGCCGCCCGGAGGAGGAGACCCCGCGGCAGUUUGCGCUUGAUUGACGUAGAAAAAGAAAAAGAACACAAGAUCGGAUUACAAGAUGGCGGUCUGUGGACGUUAGCAAAGAGGCCGUUAGAGUUGUUGUGUUCUCUCUGAAUGUUACAGUUUGAUUUUUAGGCCCUUGUUGAGUUGAUUCAUGUCGUAAUAUGUUUAUGAAAUACUUACUAAUAUAUUUUACUGCUACUGGGAACUCGAUUUAAAGAUGCAUGUUUUAUAACAUGCGGGUGGAAACAAAGUUAACAGGUCGAGGAAAACACUAGACGGGUGAGGUGAUAGCUUGUUAGCAGUAAGCUAGCCUGCUAGCUCCGACUCGUUUAAACCAUGUCGGACACUCGGCGGCGAGUGAAGGUAUAUACGCUGAAUGAAGAUCGGCAGUGGGACGAUCGGGGUACCGGGCACGUUUCGUCUACAUUUGUUGAACGGCUGAGGGGGAUAUCGUUAUUAGUUCGGGCUGAAUCGGACGGAUCACUGUUGUUGGAGUCAAAAAUAAGUCCGAAUACUGCAUAUCAGAAACAACAGGACACACUGAUUGUCUGGUCAGAAGCAGAUAACUAUGACCUUGCCCUCAGUUUCCAGGAAAAGGCUGGCUGUGAUGAGAUCUGGGAAAGAAUUUGCCAGGUUCAAGGCAGGGACCCUGCUUUGGACAUCACCCAAGACCCCAUUGAUGAGUCGGAGGAAGAGCGCUUUGAGGAGAUUCCAGAGACAAGCCACCUUGUUGAGCUUCCUCCUUGCGAGCAAGGCAGACUGGAGGAAAUUGCUGACUUGGUUACCUCUGUCCUUUCUUCACCCAUCCGGAGGGAAAAGCUUGCCCUGGCCCUUAUGAGCGAGGGCUACAUCAAGAAACUCCUGGGUCUCUUCAGAGUAUGUGAGGAAGUGGAAAACAGGGAAGGCCUCCAUCACCUCUAUGAGAUUGUCCGAGGUGUCUUAUUCCUCAAUAAAGCAGCCCUCUUUGAGGUGAUGUUCUCGGACGACUGUAUCAUGGAUGUGGUGGGUUGCCUUGAGUACGACCCAGCACUGGUUCAGCCAAAACGACACCGGGAAUUCUUGACCAAGACGGCGAAGUUUAAGGAGGUGAUCCCUAUCACAGACUCUGAACUGCGGCAGAAGAUCCACCAGACUUACCGAGUUCAGUAUAUCCAGGACAUAAUCCUGCCCACACCGUCUGUCUUUGAGGAGAACUUCCUGUCCACACUUACCUCCUUCAUAUUCUUCAACAAGGUGGAAAUCGUCAGUAUGUUGCAGGAGGAUGAGAAGUUCCUAACGGAGGUCUUUGCACAGCUCACAGAUGAAGCCACGGAUGACAGUAAAAGGAGAGAGCUAGUGAACUUUGUCAAGGAAUUCUGUGCUUUUUCGCAAACGUUGCAGCCUCAAAACAGGGACGCUUUCUUCAAAACUCUGGCAAAUCUAGGCAUCUUACCUGCUCUUGAAAUAGUAAUGGGAAUGGACGACCUGCAGGUGAGGGCAGCAGCUACUGAUAUCUUCUCUUACCUGGUGGAAUUCAGCCCUUCCAUGGUCAGGGAGUUUGUCAUGCAGGAACCUCAGCAGACAGAUGAUGAUGUUCUGCUGAUAAAUGUUGUGAUCAAGCAGAUGAUUUGUGACUCUGACCCAGAGCUGGGGGGAGCUGUCCAGCUGAUGGGUCUGCUCAGGACACUCAUUGACCCUGAGAAUAUGCUGGCUUCCACCAAUAAAACUGAGAAGACAGAAUUUCUUAGUUUCUUCUACAAGUACUGCAUGCAUGUUCUGACUGCUCCUUUGCUGGCCAACACUGCACAUGACCAAAACUCAAAAGAUCUGCAGGAGGGAUCAACAAAGAUCAACCCAGUCUGUCCAGACAACUUCCAGACAGCUCAGUUGCUGGCACUGAUCCUGGAGCUUCUGACCUUUUGUGUGGAGCACCACACCUAUCACAUCAAGACCUACAUCAUGAACAAAGACCUGCUCAGGAGAGUGCUGGUCCUGAUGAACUCAAAGCACACCUUCCUUGCACUUUGUGCCCUGCGUUUCAUGCGCAGGAUCAUUGGUCUGAAAGACGAGUACUACAACCGCUACAUCAUCAAAGGGAACCUGUUUGAACCUGUCAUUAAUGCCUUGCUCGACAAUGGGACCCGAUACAAUCUCCUCAACUCUGCCAUCAUAGAGCUCUUUGAGUUCAUUAAAGUGGAGGACAUCAAAUCUCUCAUAGCUCACAUUGUGGAUAACUUCUACAAAGCGCUUGAAUCCAUUGAGUAUGUCCAGACUUUCAAGGGCCUGAAAGGUCGAUACGAGCAGGAAAAAGACCGGCAGAGCCAGAGACUUAAUAGAUAUCGAAGAGAUGCACGGUCUUUGGAUGAGGAUGAAGAGUUGUGGUUCAAUGAUGAUGAUGACGAUGAUGAUGGAGAGGCAGUGGAAAAGAGAAUGGGAGAUGACUUCUCUGACAGCUACGGCAAGUACAUGGAAGCCAAAAAAGGAGCUGCCAACGGAGCUAACGGUGCCAACAACAAUGGGAAAGCUGCUGCCAUCCCACCUGCCUCACCAGCCGUCACUCCAAACAACAGUUCAGCUUCUUCUGUCAAAACAGUUCCCCUUCCUGCCACACCAGUAGUGAAGACUGCUCUGGUUGGUUUGGUGGACUACCCUGACGAUGAGGAUGAAGAGGAAGAAGAUGAGGAAGAAGAGCAGUCUCCAAGGAAGCGGCCUCGUUUGAGCUCCUAAGACUAAUUGUCCUCUAUUUGGUCAUGGUGGACGGACACUGAGUCCCUUCCAGCCCCCCUCCUCUGGUUGUCUCAUUGGCCUGCCUGCGCCACCUGUGAGUCUCACUGAAGAGAUGGGCAAAGAUGAGCCCCUGCCUCACUUAGUCCCUCCUGGUCUCUGCACCUGCGUCUCCCUCAGUAAAAGGAGACGAAGUUUCUUUUUUAGAAAGAAAGAUCAAUCUUAUUUACCUCAUUCUUUUCAACAGCCUCUUCAGGGAGAUUCCCAAAUCUCUUCUUCCACCUGAGAACCUCACUGACCCUUUGAAAACUCAUCUCUCGCCUCUUUCACUCUUUCGUGCUCUCUUAGUUCUCACUUCUUUCUCCUCACCCACCACCCUACACACCAAGAAGACAUUGAAGUCGAAAUUGGUGGCACAGGCGUUCCCAGCUCAACUGUGGUAAUAUUGCAGAAGUGGCAAGGAAGCCGUGGUCCUACAGGACCCCUCACCUGCUCUCAGAAAAAAAAAAAAAAAAAAAGCCUACCAUCCUUAUUGAAUCUGAACCAAUGAGCUCCAGAGACAGAGAAAGUCAGAUCACAACCAGCCAGUGUAUGAACUUCUCAGCAGGCCAGUCAGGCUAGCAGGACUAGCCGUCAUAGUUAUAGAAAGCUUGACUGGCUGAAGCUGUGUGUGCUGCCCUCCCAGAGAACUGCUUACUUUUGUCGGGGAUAGAGGGACAUCAGAAAAAUGCUAAAAUUUUUAAGACAAGGGAGCUGACCAAUUAGACUGGGACGAAAACUAAGAACCAGAGGAGCAGGACUCAAACCUUCAAAAGCCAUGUUGUCAGUUUGGUCAAGGCACACACAAACACACACACGCACGCACAUACACACACAAGACUGUGUUAGCCAGAAAGUCCUGUAUUUCAUGACUUUGUUAAAAAGUACUGUACAGACCUUUUUGUUCCUCUUUUUAAUCAUUUGCCCCAAUGUGAUUUUUGAAAGGGGAACGAGACCCCCUACUUGCUUGUGUUAUUUUUGUUGUCGCACAGAAGGGUGGGGUCCCCGCUCAUCCUUUGAGUCCAGCUCAUUUGAUUCAGUGUAAAAAAGAAAAAAAAAAAAAUACAGAGAAGUCACAAAUGCUGGUUCAACAAAAUUGCAGUAAAGUUGUUUUUGCAGCCAACAUUUUGAGGAUGUCUGGAAUUUUGUACUAAAGUCAAUUUACAAACUUGGCGUCCUCAUUACAGUGCAACACAUCAUCAGCCCAGUUUCUGUAACAGGUUGGCAAACCCAAGCAGUUCAUGUGCAGACAUGUUUUAGGAUGUGCAAAGUCUUGCCGCCCUCCUCCCGGACAGAGCUCAGGUUCAGAGUUUAGUUUGCAUCAGAAACAAAAAAGCUGCCCAACUUGUUGGGCCACAGCUGGUAUAAAAGAUGAACGUAGCCACAGUGGCAUCACCCACUGGUUUGUGAAGUCCUGUUAUAGAGACUUGAGCUAAGCAUCUUGGUGUUUUUUAAAAUCAGAUCUGACAAGGGAGCGGAGGAUCUUAUUGUGAGGUAGGAUACUGCACGCUGGAUUAUACCCUGACUAAUCCUCUUUUCUGAUUCUAUUAAUGUCCAUAAUUUUACAAAAUCAGCUUCAUGUUUUAUUCAGUAUUACCUGAAAACCGGUUGAAACCAUAAAGUCAUCAGCAAAAUGUUUACUGGGGUCACAGAGCAAGCAAGCCAAAGGCAGGUUUCCCAUGAACUUUAAUAUUGAAAGUCUUUUUGCAACCAGAGUUGGCUCCAUCCACAGUGGUUUUACUUCUCAGACUUGGAAGCUACGUCCAUGUUUUCUACUGUUUUCUGGCCAGAAUAACACUGCUAGAUGGUGAAGAAUUAGAUAUAUUACUGUGGAGACUGCUUCUAAUGAGUUGAGGUGCUAAAAGGGGCUUUUGUUUUCAGUUUGGAGGUUCAAAGUGUAGUGUUCUGCUCUGGUUGAGAUCAUCUUACUCCUAGAAUUUAUAGCUCAUUUCAAGUUUUCUUCAGCCUGUUUAAAAAAACAAAACAAAACUACAGAUCAAAAGUAAGUUUAAUGAUUUUUUUUUAAAACAGUUUAUGAAUGAAUGGAUGAUCUGUUUUUAUUAGUUGCGAUAAAUAUGAUUUACUUUACGCAGUCAAUGCAGUGACGUUUUUAAAUCAAACUGGUUUUGGUGGGGAGGUUUUCUGCCAACACAGUGGUGUGAUGAAGUGGGAUCAUUCUAUUGGGUUGGAACAUUUCUUGCGUUGCUACUUCUCUCAUGGUCCCAACACAAGCACACAGGAAGAUGAAGGGAAUCAAAACUGGGUGUUUAAAAAAAAAAAGAAGAAGAAGCUAAGAUGUUUAUGUACAGCUACACAAGCAGGAGGGUAGUGGACAAGAAAAUGAUUGCCAAUGUGCUUUACAGGAGUUCAGCAGCACUUGCAGUGAAUUGUCUUUCCUCCUGUACGUUGGCUCCAUCCAACAAUGACUGUUUCUGCUCUCCCUUGAUGAAUUUGUACCAAGUGCAUUUAAUACCACCAUCCAUUCUUAACAUUUGUAUGAAUUUAUUUGAUAAGUUUUGAAAUUAAAUGUGACCCUGACAUUGAA